GAAGCAGGAAGCGCUAAGAAGUAUGAAACCCGGGCCGGAGCCCUGUGUGCCGCAUUCAUAAGAAAACCAGUGUCUGGAUGCAUGUGAAGUGUUCAAAAUGUCUGAGGACUAUUUGCAAAGUGCAAAUUCCAUUUAUAAGCCCUCAGACCAUAUUCAUUCAGAUUCUGAACAGGAAUCUCUAUUGGGAGAACAUCGCGUAAAACCAUAUCGUAUCCAUAAGCCAGUGGACCAUUACUGCUGCACAUACAUUAUAUUUUUCCUUCUUGGCAUUGGGACUUCCUUGCCUUGGAACUUUUUUUGCACUGCAAAACACUACUGGAUAUACAAAUUCAGAAAUUGCACAGACGCACCACUAAUAGAGCGACACGAUGCCUCCGACAUAAGCGACUACUUUGAAAGCUAUUUUUCCAUUGCUUCAGCUGUUCCAUCGGUGCCAUGCCUCAUACUAAAUUUCUUUCUUGUCAACAGGGUUUCUUCCAAAGUGCGAAUCCUCUCUUCUUUAGUGGUCAUUCUGCUAGUUUUUGUAUUGACCACAGUGCUGGUAAAAGUUGAUACAUCUGCUUGGACUAAGGAAUUCUUUGUGUUGACUCUGUCAUGUGUGGUCAUUCUCAGUGGAGCAGCAAACAUUCUAGCCGCCAGCAUCUUUGGCAUAACUGGACAGUUCCCAAUGAAAAAUUCUCAGGCUUUAGUAUCUGGUAAGAUCGUAUUAGUAUGUGGUGGCUAAGAUUAAUAAGCAUGGUUGGAUUUUGGUAUGUCAGUUUAUUUUGCCAUGUCCACUGUUUAUUUUAUUUAAAUUAUAAAUCCUUUUUUAUUUAAUUUGUUUUGGUGGCAAUUGUUAUAGAUAAUAGAUUUCCAUAUUAGAAAGUUUUUCUUGGCCUACUUCUCAGGAGACCGAAACUUAAGUUAAGGGCUUUGUGACCCAAAAUCCAGAUUAGAAUUUCAAUACUAUUUUCUGUUGUAGAAGGAAAUGUCACAUCAUUAAAGACGAUCUGGGCAUUGCAGCUAUUGACAGUCAUCCAGUAGCUGCCCUUAACUGUAUGUAUAAUAGAUUCAGAUCUAUACAUAUAAACAAAUCUGAGUUGCAACUUGCAACCCAAUGAUAGUUUCGGAAGUGUCUCACAGUCUUUGUUAUUUUCAGCCGUAAUCUGAGUCUCCAUGUUUCUAAACAUCACACAUGAAAUACAAAAAUAAUGAGUGGACUAGUGCAGACUUUAACGAUGUUACUAUGGCUGCAUUAAUCAUAUAUUAAAGAGGUACUGACAUCAGAAAUGAAACCUUUUUUACAUCUAUGAUAACAAUGUAUUUGCAUGCUAUUUAUAAUUUUGCCAUAAAAGUAUUUGUCCGAUGCUUUGAUAUUAUCUGAUCCCCCAUGUUCCUCUAUCAGGGGGCUACCAUAUUUGUGCAGCAGGAGUCUGUUAGCAUUGGACGCUAUAACUGACAGGCUGAGAAGGGACAGUCACGUUGGCAAAACAGUCAGGUUUAGGAACUUCAAGUAACAGUUACUUACAGAAGCCGACCUAUUGGCAAAGAAUGGUCAACAUGACCUUUAGGUAACUUUUUAUGUAGAUUCAUAUUUUAAAACGUUGUUUUUUGGUGUCAGUAUUACUUUAAGCGCCAGCACAGUCAUGGCAUUGAGCGGGAUGUUAGUAGUGCCUUGCAUUUGUAUUUUUGAGAAACAAAAAAAAAAUUUAGAAAUGCUUAGCUAUUCCUUGUACCCAGGAUUCUAAAAGACAUGCAUUUUCAAUACUGAUUUAUUUUCAGUGGCAAUGCAGAGGAAUGUUUAGAAAAAACACCUAAACUGAAUUAAAGUGUAAAUUUCAGGUUGAUUAUAUAUAUAAAUAGUUUCCAUGGAAUAAACCAUGAGCAGGUUUCACCCUUCAUUUCUGAAUCACCGUAGCAAGGGUUUCUCAUAAAAUGAGAGCAAGAUAAGCAGGCAUCUUCUACUUUAGCUGCUAUUAAAUUUAUUUCAGCUAUUACAAGUGAGUUGCAGCCAUAUUUUGGACAUUUGAGGUAGCCCAGAAUUUCCUAUCUUAGUAGGAUUAGAUGUUACCCACUUAAUUAAAGCUUUCUGUAUAAAUGCUGUCCCUUGUUUUCUAAGGUUUCCCUUUAUUUUGUUGGUUACCUGCUCAUAAUUCAUAGCAGAUUAGUUGUACAGGUAUAAAAGGAGUGUUUGCAAAUUCCUCCUGUCACAGAUAUGUCAGAUGGGUUAAAGUUUUGGUAAACAAUUCACAUUUUAUUUGAAUGUUAGUGGGAAUGUUUAAGCUUGCUUCUUGUGACACAGAAUUGGGUUCUAUCAAGUCCAAAUGACAGGAAUAGUUGCAUUGACUAUUGAACUGUGACUAUCAAGAAAUCAAAGAACCUUAUUGCUUUUAUUGCUAUUCUCUGUGAUAAGCCAACACUAGGGGGCAAAAAAUAAAGUGAUCCUUUAUAGAAGAAAGACAUUGGAAUCUAAAAGCUGUCAAGUUUAAUUAGUCAGUGGAAGUCAGUAGAAAGUGUAUGUGAAAAUUUUAAGAAGUUUUAUUUAUUUUUUUAAACAUUCAUGUUUUACAUCCUCAUUGAAAACACCGUACAAUUUACAUUUGUGUCGUUUGAUUUUUUUCCCCCCGACUACUCCAUUUGAGUCUUUUUAAAAAAAUAUGUUAGUGGUCAAGAAGUAAAAAAAAAAGGUUACUUGAGUUUUGUUGAGGUAUUUUUGUUCUGCAAUUCUGAUAAAACAGAAUCCCCCUGUUGCCUUUGUUUAUAGGAGCAUUUUGCCAAGAUGGCACACUAAAAUAUAUAAACAGUCUUAUUGGAAUAACUACAAAAAAAGGAAGUUUUCAUAUUACUAGGUAUCUGGCAUCCGCCCAAUAAAAACAAAUCUGGAAGCAAAAUAUCACAAUCUUCUCUUGCUUCUUUUUCAAUUCAUAUCCAAUAAUUGCAAUAUCUUAAUAAUCACUAAGCAUAUUAAUUCCAAGAUCUGCUCUUCAGAGAGAGAAUUCUUUUGGAAACGAGGCUGGAUUGCUGCUUUUAGCCUGUGAAUGUAACUGCCAUUACCAGCAGUAAAAAUGGCCAAGCUGCAGGCUCUCCUCUUUUCCAGUCAUUUCUGUGCUCUUUUUAAAUGAAAUAAUCUUGCCUUGGUUCAUCUUCAUUUGCAUAUUUGAUAAGAUGACGAGCAUGGUUUUGACUGAUGUGUCCCCUGCAGGAUUAUUUUAUGGUGCAUCUUUCUGCUCUUCCUCAUAACCAUUUUCUAAGUUAAAAACAGUUCUUCUACUUAUUAUCUGUCUCUCCCUUAGGGCAUUUUUAUGCAUUUGUUUAAGAUUUUGAAGGGCUUCAGUUUCAUUUGGUGUCUUUGCUUCUCUAUUGAUAGUGUAGAAUAGGAAUAUACGGAAUCAGUUCCCUAUUAAUGAAAUGAAUGAGACCAGAGCUUUUAUAUUGGUAUAUUUUGCUUGCCAGAUGGCUGCAUGUAACAUUAGUUACAUGCACUAAAUCCAACAAUACUUUUAUGAAGCAAAUCAUGAUGUAGAAAAGCUCUCUAUUACCAAUGUAAAUGGAUAUACACUUCCAAGAAUCCUGAAAAGCCACUAGUAAACACUUGAACAUUUGAGCACAUUGCAUUUACCUCAAGGAAAGCUGUAAAGCACUUUACUGGAAAGCUCAGUGAGUUUAUGAGUUGGCUCCAGAAAUUAAAGGCGAAUGUUCACCUUCAGACAUUGCACCUGAAGCCAAUCCUGCACUGGGCAUGGAAUAAGAAGACUGUACCAGAAGAACACAUAAGUAAAGACACUACACAAGCAAACUGAUGCCAUAAGAGUAAGAAUAAUAACCAACAUAAAUGAACAACUUAUGUUGUCCUUAACACAGUACAGCGUAUAAUUAUAGGGCAGCGUGUUGUUUCCCAGGGUGAAUUUUUUUUUUCUAUUUUACUUUUUUUUUUCACUUUUUCUUUCUCUUUGUUUUACCAACAGAAAAGUCAGUAAGACAUAAUUUUAUAUGGGAUUUACCAAAUAAACUUUAUUAGCUACAGGGGAUUACUUCUCUGAACAUGUGGCCACCUUUUCGGGAUUGCUUCUCUGAACAUGUGUCCAUGUUUUCAAGGGUUAGAUAGUCUUGAUAAAUAAAUCUACUGAUGGGACACUGUUAAAUGUAUCUUGCUUUUAUGAGGGCUAAGCAACACUUUUCUGUUUUGGGGGUCACAGUGGGAGAGUCAGCAUCCAUCAUGGAAGCCAUUGUUAACCUUCUGGGUAUGGUACAAUAGACUGCACCUGUAUCUCUGACAUAUGGCUGCCAGUGCAAAAAGGGAGACAUUAGUACUCAUGGGUCUGUGUAUCUGUGUAUCUAAACUUUAUAAACUCAUGUAGCUGCAGUAGCUUGCUAUAGCUGUUAGGGGCUUUGCAUUUUCAUCUGUUCUGGACCAGUCAAGAUGUAGUCAGAUGUAAUUGUUAAGCAAGCAAUAAUAAAAAGCAGUUGUGUUUUUUUUGCUUUGCUUGAUAUAUUAUGAUCACUUGUUUUUAGCGUCCAUGUAAUUUUUUAUUUUAUUGAUGAAAAAGGCAAUACCUAUGUUCCAGAACACUGAAGCAACCUACAAUUACUGGAACAGUGAUCCACACUCUGGCUUUAACAGAGAACUAAACCCUAAAAAACAAAUAUUGGUAGAAAUGCUGUAUUUUGUAUACUGAUCUUACUUCACAAGCUUAAAGUUUCAGCAUCUCUUUAACAGUAAUGAUCCAGGUCUUCAAAGUUGUGCACAGGUGCUCCCUCUUUUGGAUUCUGUUAUAAUUGUCAGUGACACUGCACUUGCUCAGUGUGCUCUUGCAGAUGAAAGGGAAGCUAAGCUUUGGGGCUGUCACAAGAUUCACAUGUCACAGAAGCUGCAGUGCUCAUAAUUAAAUUCUGAAGCAAAUUGUAUUAUGACAGGUUAAUAGAGAAUCUCAAAAUAUAAUGGAUAGCAUUUCUACCUUCCUUCCACACACAGAAUGAUCAUACUUUCUAGCAACAUACUUCUUAAAUUCUAGAGCAAAGUCAUUAGAAACUCAUUAUAUAGCUGUAUUGUUGUUCUAUAAAGCAAACAUUUCUUUUUCUCUCUCUUCAGGCCAGGCGAUGGGUGGCAUUGUAAGUGCACUGGCAGCCAUAUUAGACCUGAGUGUCGCAUCCAAUGUUACUGACAGUGCUCUUGCUUAUUUCCUCACUGCAGUCAUUUUCACGAUUAUAUGCAUCAUUGUAUAUCUGAUUCUUCCCAGAAUGGAAUAUUCCAGGUAACAGAUCUAAACCUGUAACCAUGUUAUUUUCCCUGUUUUCUCUAAUUAGAAUAUAAAGAGGUUUCUGUGUAAUUAUGUUUUUGCUCAUUUUCAGCAAAGGUGUUUUAAAUUCUGCUUUCAGAUUCUGCCAUGCCAAAAGCUCCAUUGUUCACUUUUGCCUUAUCUCUCUCAAAAAUACAGCAGUAACACCUGUCUUAAAUGGUUUUCACCAUUAGUAGGGAGAGAUACAGCAGUAGAAAGACAUUAUUUGGUAUCUGAUUUUAUAUCUAUUGCUUCAAAACAGAAAUGAGAGUUCUGUAUUGCCCCAAUUAAUAUAAUGUUGCCUGUGUUUGGUAGCACAGCACAUGCAAGUUACAGAGUGGCAGUGGGCUUGGCCCACAACAGGGAUUUAGCUGCCUUGCGUAUGCUGACACUGAGCUCUGCAUAUUGCCAUAUUUUCUAUCCAGCAUAAGGGGUAGAGUGUAGCCAGAUCCUGGAGAGAAGUGCUCUAAGGACUAAGGUGUGGGCUUUUGCACCCUUUAGUGCUCUUGCUUCAUGGUCUAAGCACAGGUAUGGUAUCCUUUAUCCAGAAAUCAGUUAUACAGAAAGCUCCUGAUCAUGAAAAGGCCAUCUCCAAUAAGGUUCAUUUUAACCAAAUAAUUCAAAUUUUCAAACACUAUUCUCUGAUAAAACAAUACUAUGUACUUGAUCCUAACUAAGCUAAAUACAUUUAUAUUGGUUGCAAAACACUUCUACUGGGUUUAUUUAAUGUUUAAAUUAUUUUUUUAGUAAACUUAGUAGAUCCCUCAUCUGGAAAACCCAAGGUCCCAAGCAUGAUGAAUAACGGGUCCUAUACCUGUAAAUGAUCCCUAUAGUAAGGGGUGCUGCUACCAUUAGGCAACUCCAGAAAAUACCCUGCCAUAGACUAUACUGAGAAUUGCCUCUGCUAAAACACACACAGAGAAAAUUAUUAGUAAAUGAGUAGCUGCUACUAGUAGCUCUGUGUGUCUUCACCCUAAAUGAGUCACAAUAGUGGUUGGACACAGGACUGUACUAUUUAGGAGCUGAUAAGGGUACUUUGCUAAUGCAUGGAGUUUUUUCAUUGUAAAAAUGUGUCUGGUAGCAGAUUUUAAGCUUUUACUGCAGAAAUGAACAUCUCUAUCUCGGAAAAACAAAACCACAGAAUGAAGCAUGAGUUUCAGGUACAAGUUCCAUUUCCUUCAGAUAACAUGUCUGUGCGGCUGCGCUGUAGAAAAGGAGAACUGAUAUUGGCAGCAUUAAUGCUUGGUUUCACUCUGCUUACUCCCAUUAAAAUGCUUUUUUACACUUAUUCCUUCUGCCAAAUCUGCUUGAUUGGGUAAAAAAAAACAACAGGCAUUCUGUCAUAUGUAUUCCUUUGCUUAAAACAAAUCCUGUUUAGUUUCUGAUUUAUCCACAUCCUUUUUUAUGUGUUUUUGUAUAUUAUAAAUAAUGUGGGUUGUGGCGCAACACGUCUGUGAUUUUUUUGACCAUUUCCUGUAGAAAGAGUUUGCUUACAAGUCUCAAUUGUUUUAUUACUAAUAGAUAUUGCAUACAGGCCAACUGUUUUUGACCAAAUAUUCCCAGAUAAAUGCUGUACAUGUCUGUAAAUCCAUUGGCUUGCCCAAACUCCAGUGCACAUAUGCAGCCAUUGGCUUGUCCAUGUGUAAUCAGCAUUGAUAUAUUGUUUCACUUACUUACAAUAAAACUAUGAUAUUUGUAGAUAUGAUUGUUUUUAUAUUCUGAUAACAUAUCAAAUGGACUCAUGAUGAAUUUGUAUAUGUGCAUGUUAUGUUAGGAUUUUAGAUUGUAAACUCCACUGUGGCAGGACUGAUGCAAAUGAUGAAUAGACUAUCUAUUAUACUUGGAAGGGUCUUCUGGAUAAUUGGUAUUUCAACAAUAAGGAACACCAUUCCAUACUAAAAAUAUUUAAACCUUGAAAAAACUCAAAAAGAUUGUUUUUCCAUUGCCAUGGAUUGAUGUUACUAGCCUUUACAUUCGGAUCCCCCGUGUUCCUCUAUGAAGGGGCGGUCAUAUUUGUGCAUUAAAAGUUACAGAUUUUGAAGUAACACACGAAGCGGCCCAUUUACCAAUAUUACAUUUUUUGGGGGAUUAAAAUACGAUAUGGUAAAAAUUCAGAGUAACCACGAUAAUUUCUCAAGUUCUAAAAUGCUUUUAAUGUUUGUAAGAAAGUAUCGCAAUUGCGUUCCGAAAGUCACAAUAUUUUUGUGCCGAAAAGUUUGUUAAGCCACGAAAACCUUUCUGGCUUUGAUGCCUUCCAUGUCUGGCUUUGGAAGCCUUCCAUAGGACUCAAUGGGACUCGACAGAUAGUCCGAAGAAAGUGUAAUCAAAGCGUUAACGAAUUCCGAAAUGUUCGUAUUCUUUGCACAAAGUACAAUUUUUCGUGGAAAUUUAACAAAAGCCAUUUUGUAUAUAUUCCGAAAUGUUCUAUAAGUUAAAAAAAGUUAGAAAAAAUAAGAAAUUAUCUCAAAAUUGUUUAGUAAAUGGGCCCCUUAAAAUCAGACAGCUGUUCUAAGAAAAUCUGCCAAUUGGUCUCCAUAACCUUGUAGCCUCACAGAAUGAUAGUUUUUUGGCUGCCAGGGUUGGUGACCCCCAAUUAAAAGCUAGAAGAAUGCAGGACUACAAAAAAUGAAGACCAAUUAAAAACAAACUAUGAUAUAAAACAUACUGUAACAUUUACUGGCCUUUUAAAGGGGUAGUUCACCUUUAAGGUCAUUUUUAGUAUGUUAUAGCAUGUCUUUUUCCUAACAACUCUGCAACUGGUCUUCAUUAUUUACUCAGGCUGCAUUUUUAUUGUUAUUAUUACUUUUUUUUAUUAUCUUUCUAUUCAGUCUUCCACCUAUUCAUAUUACAGUCUCUCUUUUAAACCACUGCUCAGUUGCUAGGAUAAACAAGACCGUAGCAACCAAUUGGCUGCUGAAAUACCAAAAUGUAGAGCUGCUGAAACAAAAGACUAAAUAACUGAAAAACCACAUAAUUAAAGACCAAUUGCAAAUUGCCUAAGAAUAUCAAUAUAUACAUCAUACUUAAAUGUAAUUUAAAUGUGAAGCAUCCCAUCAAGGGGAAAGCCAUGGAAGGGAAACUGAAUGUAUAUAGUUGAUACAGCUGCACCCCUCUCAGCAAAUACAAAUUAUGUUGAGUAUAGAUGAGUAUAUUAUUGUUGCCUGAUGGUUGCACAUCACCUCACCUCUGAGAUUAUAUAUAAAUAUAUAAUAGAGAUCUGCCUGGUACAUAGUAUUUACAAGGCAGUUAGAGUACAGGUAAGAACAUUCAGAUUAAAGUUAACCUCCCUGUCAUUUAUUGUAGGUAUUACCUGAGCAUCUCUAAUGACAAACCCUCCAGUUCUUCACUUGAAACUGCUGCCGCCGGAGACAAUCACUCUUCAUUGAAUAGCAACUCUCCUCCAAUAGGCCCCAUCCUGAGAAAGGUCUCAAUGCUAGCAACCUGCUUGUUCUAUACCUUCUUCAUCACCAUAAUCAUCUUUCCAACUAUCUCUGCAAGCAUAGAGUCUGUUAACAGUAAAAGUGGCAGCAUCUGGACAACUAAAUAUUUCACUCCCAUCACAUGUUUCCUCAUAUAUAACUUUUCUGACUUUUGUGGUCGUCAGAUCACAGCAUGGAUCCAGAGCCCUGGGCCCAAAAGCAAGAUUCUGCCCACCCUGGUUUUUCUCCGUACUUUAUUUAUUCCCUUGUUUAUGUUCUGCAAUUACCAACCCAGAAAGCACAUCGAUAAAGUGUUUUUUCAGAGUGAUGUCUACCCAGUACUUUUUAUCGCACUCCUUGGCUUAAGCAACGGAUACCUGGGAACACUCUCAAUGAUAUAUGGUCCAAAAGUUGUCCCAAAGGAGUUAGCUGAAGGCACAGCCAUUAUUAUGUCUUUCUUUUUAGGCUUAGGCUUGGCUGUGGGGUCCGCCUUCUCUUCCCUUGCGCAAUUGAUCUAGACUUUCAACAGUCAGCCGUUCCUGGAGUAUUAGAGGACCAGCGUGGGAAAAGGGCAUUUUGUGACCACUUUCGUAAAGUUUAAAACUUUUUCCGAAUUUUAUUAUAAAAGGACCUAAACCGAAAGCAAAAUGACUGUUUUGUGCAUGAGAAAAUGUGUUUAAUGCUUUUAUUCAUGUUUUUAUAAUUGCAGUUACUUCACCAAGUCCUGUUUGUCAUCAUCUGAAGUUUGUAUUUGUACAAAUAAUUUUUUUAUACCACCAGCAUAUGUUUUUACAUUUUUGAUUACAUUUUACUGCAAGAUAUAGAUCAGAGAGGACUAUCAUGAGGAAUUAAAUAGCAGCUUCUAGAGAAUCCUGGGAAUUGUAGCUGGUGUUCCACUGGUUGGACAUCCAUGGUUCUGGUGAAAUGGAAGCAAGGAGCAUUAAUAACCUCUGAAGCUAUUUUAACUGUUUUGCUAUAAUAAUUUUCAUGUAUGCACUUUUUUAAUUACAAAGGAAAUUUGGAAACAUUUGCUGCCUUUGAUCUACUUGGUUUUGUUUACAAGAGGAGUGAAACUUUUCACAAAGGCCACACCAACUUAACAAAGGCAGCUUUCAGGAGGUCAUAGGAAACACCACUGGCUAUUUUAAAGGGACAGUAUUUUGUUUACCAAAAGCACAAUAAAUAGGUUUGGUGCUCAGAUUCCAUUCUGCCUCUUCUAAUUUAAAAAAUCCCUCAUUUUCUCACAGACCAUGUUGUUUUUACACUUAUUACCUCCCCACCCCUUCUGUAAUCAGAAUAAGUUGUUUAAAUAAAUCUAAUGAGCUCUAUUUAAACAAACCCCUACUUUCCCCAAGUGGCAGCUCUGCCUUAUAUGGGGCUGCCUAGCAGAGAGGAGUUCAUUAUACAGGCAGAAGGCUAAUUUGCUACCUGUGUCCUCUCCCAGAAUGAGAAGUAGCAGAAUGAAAGUCAUUUUACGUCACUGUUUCUGUGAAGUAAACUGUUGUUUAGUGUACGAAGUUAAAACCAUAGACAUUUUUAUAGAAAAGGGCAAUAUUAUUUAUUUAUAAACAUUUUUUACACAAGCCCUAUCCAUUGAACUAAUUUUGAGCAAGUGGUAAUACUCUCUCUUUUAAAGUGAGAAGCCUGCAGGGCUGAACAAGAGAAGGAUGCAUCAGCUCUAAGCCACUGUGAAUUACCGAGCCGCUGUGUGUUUGGUAUCCCUCCACAUCCUUGUGUGGCCUGUAUUCUCACUGUGUGUAUGCAGAACCUGUUUAUGAAUGGGUACACACUCCAGUCAUUAGUAGGGAAAAUAUCCCUGAUAUUACUGUUGUGCUGCCCAUGUAUCUGAGCUAUACUGGUAAAUGCACCUCACAGUCUCAGGUGUCCAGUUUAGGGUUUUUAUGUUUUUAAAUACUAUUUUACAUGUGUUUUAGACAGGACAGUGUGGGUGUUAAGAACAUCUAUUCUCUGUAUAUCUGACUUUAAAUGUACGUGUAUGAGCCACCAUAUUGCUUCCUUUAACCUGGCAAUUACACAGACUUCAGGGGAUCCUUAUGGAAGACUGUAUGGAUCCUCAUGAUAUAAGGUCUGUUCGCUAGUUUUAUUCACUAUACUACAUGAUCAAGGGCCAAAUUAUAAUAAAAUGUUGAAGUCAUCUGAAGAGGUCAUUGUAGCUCUAUAGCAGUCUGAGGGACAAAAUUCUCUUGAACCUCCCGCUGGGUGCACUUGUGUAACCUAAUAGCUCAUACUUGUAUGUAUAGACACAGAUAUGCAGAUGACAAAUAUUCUGUGAUUAUAAUGAUCUAUUCUCCCAAUGAACUUUCAUGUUUCCUGUAGCCACACUGAGUAUUGUAUAACCUCCCACUAGCAGAUAAUGGCCUGUGAGCAAUGUGUAUAAGAGCUUCCCAUUAAAGCAAAUUUAACAACUUAUGAAGAUUCCUAGUGUUCUGAUCAGCACAACUAUAUGGGGCAAUAGCUGCUGUUAAAAUGCCUUGUGUGAGUAUUUUUGCCUGUGGUUUUGUAGUCGGCCAAAGGGAUGCUGUGCCACUUUCCAAGUUAAAUCUAAUUUUUUGUCUGAACUGACCUUCUGGGUUUGCCUGGCAUGGCUUUCUUGUUUCUAUGCCAGUGCAGUAUGCAUUCACACUACACCCAGGAUACGGAGAGGGAGGCCUUUGCCUGUAAAAUCCAGAAUGUAAAUUUUAAAAAGAGAGGUCUAGGUAUAGUUCUGCUGGCCAUGGGAAAUGGCAAGAAUAGUUGUAGGCCCUACUGAAACUCCACUGCAUUACCUUUUAUUCUGCCUUUAAAAGCCUUUCUGUUGUUUUAGAUAGAGAAUAGUACAGAUAUACAUUAAUAACAUGGGAUGAGUAGCUAUGUAUCUGUGCUAUAAGCAUAAGUGGGAUUAGGGUUUAAUAGAACCAGAUUGUAAAAUUACACUAACAGUGAUAUGAGUUCCUCAUGCAGAAACGGUCUUUUGUUAUAUUUGUAAAGCUGUUUUAAAUAUUUUUAUGCCAGUAAAUUUUCCUUUGUACGAUGUUGCAUAAUGUGAUAGGAGCAUUAUCAAAUAAACAGUUAACUGGAA